AUGAAUGACAUUCAAGCAUUCAUCUUCGAUGUGUUUGGCACAGUGGUGGAUUGGCGCACAACCAUUGUGGAGGAGCUGAGGGUACAGGGUGAUCGGUGUGGCGCAAGUACGAUUAAUUGGGACGAAUUUGCUGGAGACUGGAGAUCGGCGUUCUGGGUCGCAACAAAUGAGAUUGCUGCUGGAGGGAGUGGGCCCGGAAGCAUUGACGCUUUACACCGAAAGCUCUUGGACACAAUGCUUGAAUCGGAAAAGUGGGCAGACCUUGGGAAACUCUGGGAUGAUGAGCACCGAACUAUCCUCACGAUGGCCUGGCAUAGACUCAGAGCCUUUCCCGACUCUUCCAAAGGACUUCACGCGCUCAAGAAAAGCAAGAUCAUUGCGGUUUUAUCUAACGGAAACAUGCGCUCAUUGAUCGACUUGGCCAAGCACUCGAAUCUCCCAUGGGACGCCGUGUUGUCUACAGAGCUUUUUGAUACAUACAAGCCGAAUCCCAAGGUCUACCGUGGCGCAGCGUAUCAUCUUUCUUUGGAGCCCAGACAGUGCGCAAUGGUCGCUGCCCAUGUUUUUGAUGUCAAGUCUGCUGCCAGUAACGGCAUGAAAACGGUAUAUGUGAGACGAGGCGAGGAUCCGCUUUCAAUGGAGGUCAAGAGCAAAAAGGAUGGUGGAGAGUUCGACUUGGUAGUUGAUUCUAUUGAGGAGAUAGCUGGUCUCUUUGCACAGUAA